AUGAGUAGGAAUAUUGAUAAAUCGAACUCUGUUCUAGUUAAAUAUCAGGAACAACAAGCAGCCGAUAAUGGCGGAUACAAAGAUUACUCCCGAUACAAGAGACCAAAGCGUGUAGCCUCGGUCUCUAAUGUUAAAGAAGCCAUCCAAUGGAGAAACCAGUUGAUCAACGAAUUCAAAGUUUUAAACACUAGAGUAUUUGACCCUUCACUAAGUGAAAGCGACUUGAGAGAGGUGAACGAUCAAUUAAAUACUUUGAUACAGGAGAAAAAAAGAUGGGACUGGCACAUUAAUAAUAAGUUAAGAUCUUCUUCUUCGAAAUCUGGUAUAGUUUCAAAUGAUCGGUUUGUAAUCGGUGGGAAGGUAGUGCUGGGCAAAAGAUAUUUCGGUAGAGCAAUUGAAUUACCAGAGAUAAAAGAUUACAUAGCGGAACAGAAAAGAAAACAGUUAUUAAGUCAACCAAAACAAUUAGUUAAUAUAAAGAAAAUUCCAUCAAUAAAUGAUAAAUCAAACAAUAAAAUGAAACAAAUAUACUAUGGUCAAUCAUUUAGCGAUGAUGAUAUACUAAAACGUGAUAAUUUUGAAAAGCAAUGGACCCCAAUUUUACAAAGAACAAACGAUUCCAAGAUUAAUAACACACCAUCUACGCACCAGUUCACAUCUGUUAUCCCAACACAGCUGGAUAUGGAGAAGUGGUUAGUUGAGCGCCGUAAACAAGAUCUUCUUAAGAAACUGGACUUAUGA